AUGCUGGUUCAAGUGGAGUGCAAGGGUGUCCUGAAAUGGGUUCGGGUACCAAUGAAGGAAGACCACUAUGAUUACUUUCAAUUCAUUCAAGAAGUUUCAGCUAAAUUCAACCUGAUAAAUGAAUCUGAUGUGGCCCUGAAAGACUCAUCAAGAGUUGAUGUAGAUGCUGACAUUUUUGAUGAGUUGGUGAGAUCUGCUGCAGUGUCUUUCAAGGUGUUCACUGGGGAGUCUGCUGAGAAAGAGGUCUCUGAGGCUUCCUUCUGCUCAGAUGAGGGGUCAUCCUUAUCCAGUGUGUCUGUGGAGUCAUUCUCAUCACUUGACUCUAGUCAUGGGAGAGUCCCACCGCUCAAUGUCCGUGUGUCCUAUGCCCUUGGAAUAGUCACCCUUUUUCCCAAUUUGAAGGAUAAGGCGUCACCAACUGGUUAUGAACAUUACUAUGAUCCUCGCAGUGGCCAAGGUUUGAUUAACCAAGACUUCACGUUGUUGUUGGGAGAGGACACUUCAGGAAAGUUUAUUUCAAAAUGGCCAACAUUCUACAAACCGAGGAUCAUCAGUGUCUGCAAAUGCCUUCGCCCUGGUCCCCAUGUGGAUGACCUUCUGUCUGCUCAAGAGGGAUCUAAUGAUUAUGGAUGGGACAGUGACUUGGCCGCUAUCCUACUCCUGGUUCAUCUCCUGCCUCCAACAAAGAAGGGGAAAAAAUUUGGGAGAAUCAGUGCAACUGACGCCACUGACCAUGUGGUCAAGUUCAUGAAGGUCUCCUGUUCCUUUAGAGACGAGCAUGACUUUCUGCCUGGAGUUGGUUGGUUCCAGGCAGGGCCACCAUUUGUCUGCCCUUUUUCUAUGCGUCUUCAGUAA